UCGAGCGCGGGUGGCAGAGCGCCGCCGUGUCCUUUGCGGCCGCCAUGCUGCCCGCCGCCCGCGCGCUGCCGCCGCGCUUGUCCCGCCGCCCGCCGCCGGCCUGGCGCUGGGGCUCGGCCGGGCCGCCCGCCGCCGGCCUGCGGGCGCUGGCUACGGGCCGUGUACAGCGCUCGGAGGCGCUGGCCGGGGCGCCGCUGGACACGGCCGCCAAGGAGUACUCGCCCAAGGUGCGGCAGUUGGUGCGGGACAUCGCGGGGCUGACGCUGCUGGAGGUGGCCGACCUCAACGCGCUCCUCAAGGAGACGCUGAAGAUCCCAGACGUGGGGGUGAUGCCGGCGGCAGCGGCUGCCUCUCUCCUGCCCUCCCAGGGGGCUUCGCAGGAGCAGGAGGAGGACGUCCCGCUCAAGAAAGAGAAAACACAUUUCACCGUCCGGCUGACAGAGCUGAAACCUGCUGAUAAGGUGAAGCUGAUCAAGGAGGUGAAGAACUUUGUGCCUGGAGUGAACCUCGUGCAGGCAAAGAAGCUGGUGGAGUCCCUUCCUCAGGAGAUCAAGGCUAACGCCUCCAAGGAGGAAGCAGAGAAGAUCAAAGCAGCGCUGGAGGCAGCAGGAGGGACUGUGGUUCUGGAAUAGGCGGCCCCGUCUCACCACAGAGACUGGUGCAACGGCAGCCUUCCCUGCUGCUGCCUGCCCGGGCACUGGCUGCUGCCCAAGCCGGGGUCCAGACGUUUCUGAGUGCGAGACGUCCCCUAGCUGUGCGGUGGGAAUGUUCUCUCGAAGCGAUCCGGUGUGAGAACGCUGUUUGGUUUGGCGGGGCUGCUGUCUAGUUCUGGCAUCGCAAUGAACUCUCAACCUUCAUAAAUGUCCAAAAAAAACCCACAACCUGUAAAAUG